AUAUAAAACCCGCAAGAGAUGAAAAUAGUUUCCUUCUAAAAGCAGAACAACUAACACACCACAAUUUCUUUCAUUUCUUCUCUCUUUAGUUGCUCUCUUCGAACAAGUUAAACUCUUUUUUUCACCUAGGAGUCUAGCUCAGUUGUGAUUUCCUAGUUCUUGAGUUCGAUUCCUUCGAAUCAAAACAUAAACAGUGCCAUUGAUCUCUAUCAUUGUUCCAUUCCUUGAUGGCUCCCGUGGACUCUGACACUUUGGGGCGCCAUUCUCUGAUUCCGAGCUACCUCUAUUCCUCUCCCUCGCCGCAGAAGAAGAAGAUGGAGGCUUCGAGUUUCGCCAUUCAUUCUCCGAGAGAGAAUCGAAAUAUAGAGAUGUUUUCGCCGUCGUUCUAUGCUGCUUGCACCGUUGGUGGAAGCCUCAGCUGUGGCCCCACUCACACCGGCAUCACACCUCUUGACGUUGUCAAAUGUAACAUACAGAUUGACCCUGUCAAGUACAAGAACACCAGCACUGGAUUUGGAGUUAUGUUUAAGGAGCAGGGACUAAGGGGCUUUUUCCGCGGGUGGGGACCUACCCUUGUUGGUUACAGUGCUCAGGGUGCCUUCAAAUAUGGAUUCUAUGAGUUCUUCAAGAAGUACUAUUCUGACAUAGCUGGUCCAGAGUAUGCAACCAAGUACAAGACAUUGAUCUACCUAGCUGGAUCCGCAUCUGCCGAGUUGAUUGCAGGUGUUGCUCUUUGCCCAUUUGAGGCAGUGAAGGUCAGAGUUCAAACUCAGCCUGGUUUCGCUAGAGGCCUGGCUGAUGGGCUACCAAAGUUGGUCAGAACUGAAGGAGUCUCAGGGUUGUACAAGGGAAUUGUUCCUCUAUGGGGAAGACAAGUUCCAUAUACAAUGAUGAAAUUUGCUUCAUAUGAGAACAUAGUUGAGAUGAUUUAUAAGCAUGCCAUCCCCAAACCAAAAUAUGAAUGCAGCAAUUCCCUGCAACUAGGUGUGAGCAUUGUCAGUGGAUACAUGGCUGGUAUAUUGUGUGCCACUGUCUCUCAUCCCGCUGAUAACCUCGUCUCUUUCCUGAACAAUUCCAAAGGGGCAACGGUUGGUGAUGCUGUAAAGAAGCUUGGAUUAUGGGGUCUGUUUACCCGUGGUCUUCCUCUUCGUAUUCUUAUGGUUGGAACUCUCACUGGAGCACAAUGGGGAAUAUAUGAUUCAUUCAAAGUUUUUGUGGGGCUGCCAACCACUGGUGGUGUUGCUCCUGCUGCUGUUCUUGCUCCCGCUUCUGCUGCUUAGCUUGCAAAGGUGUAAAAUCUCCAAUGGAUUAGCAAGAUAACACUUCGAUAGUUUUGUUUCAGAAACACAGAAAACCAGCGAAUGUAGGGACCAUAAAUAUUCAGAGAACUUCUGAAGUUCAUAGAUAAGGAACUUUAUAUAUAGUGAAAGAGAAUGCUACAUGUUUUUGAGAUCUUGGUUAAGGAAUAAAAAAAUUAGAAAGGUUUAUAAAAAAAAGUGUCUUCAUAAUAAAUCUUAAAACUUUAUGUAUAUCAUUUUUUAAUCAAUGUCCUGAUAACCCUGUUUUUUGUAAUUAAGAUUAAUAGUGUAGUUCACUGCCGAUCGUUGAAUUUAAAUUUAAACAUUAUUUUAGGAUCUCUUGUAUUUU